CUAGUCCCAAUGUACUUUAGUGCACAUGUGACCCACAGGGGACCUUAGCUAGUCAGCGGUCAUCCUGCUUCAUCAUCAAUCUAAGCACUCUACCCCGUACACCUCUGAAGUCCCGUCAUGUAGAAUCAUGGCAACUGAUUCUCCGGCGUCUGGGCUAUCCAGGGCUUCCUCGGGCAAGCGCCCUCGAGCCGCCACCAACGAGGAUCCAAACGAUGAGAAUCGCCGAAAAGACCCAAAGAUCAGCCGAGCGUGCGACAUUUGCAAGAGAAAGAAGAUCCGAUGCAAUGGGACUCUUCCAUGCAGUAAUUGCGCUAGAAGAAAAGUGAAUUGCGCAUAUGAGGCCAAGUAUGGCCGAGGGCGGCCGCCGACUCCACCACCUUCAGCUACGACCGAUCAACGCCACCAAGAAGUGACAAGGGAUCAUACAAAUGAGCUCUGUAUUUGGCAGCAGAAUCCUCAUCCUCGUGCCUCACCGGAACGAGACGCCGAGGGCCAAUACGUUGACCCUACUUCGGGCUUGAACUUUUUACACCGUGCAUGGAAAAAGCUGCUGAUGCAAAAGGAUGACUCGACAUCUUAUGACUCGAACGAUGCAGAGCGGAACCAGCCUCUCACGUCGGCAGGAGAUCGGCCGUUUGGCGUCGACGAUGACGCAGCAGAUAACUUCAUACCGGAUGCUCCGAAGGCAAGGGGGUUGCAGGAGUUCUAUUUUGAAUCAUGUGUUGUAACCUACCGCAUAUUCCAUCGACAGACUGUGGAGGGAUGGAUGGAGUUGUUCCUGAGGGAACGGCAGGAACGAAAGCCGCUUGGUCAGUUGCUAGGCAAUUCUCGGACAGCGAUCCUCCUAACGAUCAUGGCCAUCGCAACCCUGCGCUCCGAAAAGGUACGCAGGGAGGCCUAUAUGGAGGACGAGUCGUUUAUCAUGCAACACAGCGAUCGGCUGUUCUGUGCGGGAAUGAAGUUAGUGGACAUGGAAGUGGGAUUUCCGCGCCUCGAGUCGGCCCAGGCGCGCCUGAUCCAGGUUCUGUAUCUUCUCCAAACAGCUCGCAUGAACAAAGGCUGGUAUACAUUCGGGAAUGUAUUCCAUAUAACCCUCUCCUUGGGCAUGCACAGGCGACGGGAUCAGAAGCGUGACUUCCCUUUCACGAGCAGGCGACAGAACUAUAUCACUUCAGAAUGCUAUAAACGGACAUUCUGGUCUGCAUACAUCAUCGACAAGUAUUUAAGUGUUGUUUUUGGACGACCUCGACUAUACCAGGACGAGGACAUCGAUCAGGACUUUCCGGAGGGAGUCAAUGACGAGGACAUGACCCCGGAUGGAACCAAGGCUUCUGAUGACGCCGAUUGCCACAUCGAUGGCCUCAUUUUCCAUGCAAAAAUAGCGCGUAUUAUCGGAAAGAUAUCACGAGAAGUGUACUCGGUCAACGACCUAUCCAACCAAGAUCGCCUAGCAGCUGCCAAUCGGCUCGGAUGCGAAUUACACGAAUGGCGUGCCGGUUUGCCACCCCAUCUGGGUACUGUCAAACCCUCGACACUGGUGCCCAGUUUCCGGCGUCAAGCCGUUGCGCUGCAACUUGCCUACUCCCAUGCCCUGAUUCACGCGAACCGACCUUUCCUGAUGAGCGAAGCGGCCUCUGAGAAUGUCAAUGAAUGUAUAUCCGCUACCAAGGCUAGUUUAGAACUCGUUAACAGAAUGGCGGGAGAUACGACGUUGUUUCAUUCCUUUUGGUGGACCCACUAUGUGAUCUUCUGCGCAUUGGCAGUGGUGUACGUUUGGGAGAUUCAACGCACCACGGGCACACGAUCCUCCUGCGAAGUUUAUGACCAGAUUUUUGACCUCGCAGAGAAAUGUCGUGGACAUCUCAGGCAAGCGUCCACUGGUUUAUCUCAAAAUCAGCGCUACAGCGUUAUACUCGACGAGCUGAGGUCUGAAGCUCAAAGGUGCCGAACGCGGAAUGUAUGCCAAGGGAGUACUUGUCUCCAGGGUGGUGAAGCCAGCGCCAACACAGAUUUCGGCAUUUCGUUUAUGCAGGAUUCGGAUAUGCUCAGCGCUGGCCCCGAAGCUAUUUUGCAGGACGGAUUAAUGCCGAGCAUGUUGGACAGUUUUCUGUUUAGCGAUUGGCAGACGCUUGACUCGUCGGUAAGUCUCUGGACCGGGCCUUCACUCUAGAAGCUAACCGUUUGCAAAGGCUUUCUUUCCAUUACCUGACCCUAAUUCCGUUUCUCCAACAUGUUUUCCCGCACUUCCAUAGUAUUGAUUGGGCCUCAGCUCGCUUCAGUUCAGGGCGCUCGUUGAGACUACAGGCUUCAAUGCUUAAAUGAUCCCCGGGUAGGCUCUGUCUGUCUCUGUCCACCCUCUCUACUCCACCCCCCUCUAUCUCCUGGCAGCCUUCCCCCACCGCUGCUUUGCUUUGCUGCACCGGCACUCGCCAC